UGAAACACCAACGCUUGAAGAGGUCUUGCAAUUUAUGAAAAAUCUCUAACUUCAAACAACAGCAACUUUUUUGGCUUUGUUUUUCAUCACCUUGAGAAAAAGAAUAAACAUUUUUGAAUUGUUUAUUUAUUUUACCUGAGUACAGGUGUAAUAGAGGCGCACGUGGCUUUUCCCCUAAGGUCUAAAAUGAAUCAAAGACUAGAUUCCAACCUGACGCUGGAAGAGGGUGAAAACUGGACUAUUCCCGAUACUUCCCAGGGAUACGGCGGCUCCCAGUACAACAUCACGUAUGUGGGAUUUUACCUGCAUCAACCGCCCAUCGCAGCUGUGUUCAUCGUGUCCUACCUGCUGAUCUUCCUGGUGUGCAUGGUGGGAAACGGCGUGGUGUGCUUCAUCGUGCUCCGCAGCAAGAACAUGCGCACCGUCACCAACCUCUUCAUCCUCAACCUGGCCGUCAGUGACCUGCUGGUGGGCAUCUUCUGCAUGCCCACUACGCUGCUGGACAACAUCAUAACGGGAUGGCCCUUUGGGAGUCUGGUGUGCAAAAUGAGUGGGAUGGUACAAGGCAUCUCUGUCUCAGCAUCUGUGUUUACUCUGGUUGCAAUUGCUGUGGACAGGUUCCGGUGCAUUGUUUACCCUUUCAAGCAAAAACUGACAAUAUCAACCUCUACGCUGAUCAUCGUGAUAAUCUGGGUCCUGGCCAUCUCCAUCAUGUGUCCCUCCGGAGUCAUGCUCCAGGUCACCAAGGAGCAGUCCAUCCGGGUGUUCCUGGGGGACGGGAACAGGACCAACCCUUUCUACUGGUGCAGGGAAAACUGGCCGAACCAAGAGAUGCGCAAAAUCUACACUACCGUCCUCUUCGCCAACAUUUACCUGGCCCCCCUGUCUCUGAUAGUCAUCAUGUACGCUCGCAUCGGCAUCACGCUCUUCAAAACGGCCGUGCCCACGGGCGGGAAACUGGGCCAAGACAACCGGCAGGCGGUGUCCAAGAAGAAGCAGCGGGUGAUUAAGAUGCUGCUCAUCGUGGCCUUGCUCUUCAUCCUGUCCUGGCUGCCGCUCUGGACCCUGAUGAUGCUGAGCGACUACGCCAGUCUCACCGAACACCAGUACAGGGUCAUCAACAUCUACGUCUACCCCUUCGCCCACUGGCUGGCCUUCUUCAACAGCAGCGUCAACCCCAUCAUCUACGGCUUCUUCAACGAGAACUUCCGCAGGGGCUUCCAGGCGGCCUUCAAGUUCCAGCUGUGCUCGGCCGACUUGGGCCGGAGAAAGACCUAUUCCCAAAGGGUCCAGGGAAACGCCGUGCGCCCGGCCAACACGGAGCCGGCGUCGCUCAACAGCCUGGAAAACACCAGCGUCAAGCGGAAGAACCAGGUCAACGAGCAAGACUUGGUCAUGGAAGACCUGGAUAAGGUAUCGAGAAGCAAUGGCGUCGAAGGCAGUUCGUUAUAG